CCUUUUCUCUCCUCUGCGUUGCUGGUAUUACUCCGCAGAAACUCAAGUGCAGUGCAGCACCUCAUCCUCCAGAGCCAUUCUGUUCUUCUCUCGGUAAAUGAGAUGAUUCUGAACACACAGAGACGAGGCCACGACUUUUAAUCCACCACUCCUUAACGUAUUUUCUCAAAGAAUCCUAAUUAUUAAGAAUCUGCGGAGCUCGAAGGUUUUGUCGAAACAUUGAAGCAAACGGGCCCGAGAGCACAAUGACCAACGAAGAACCUCUUCCCAAGAAGGUUCGCCUCACUGAAUCUGAUUUGAAAACCUUGACCAGAGAGGAGCUGUGUACACGGUGGAAGCAGCAUGAAUCUUACGUCCAGGUCUUGGAGACUAAAUAUGCAGAGCUGUGUUCCAAUGACGUCCCGGGCCUGAAGGAGUCGGAGGAAAAGCUGAAGCAGCAGCAGCAGGAGUCGGCGCGGAGGGAGAACAUCUUGGUCAUGCGACUUGCCACCAAGGAGCAGGAAAUGCAGGAGUGCACAACCCAGAUCCAGUACCUGAAGCAAGUCCAGCAGCCGAGCGCGGCCCAGCUGCGGUCGUCCAUGGUGGAUCCAGCCAUCAACUUGUUUUUCCUCAAAAUGAAGGCCGAACUGGAACAGACUAAAGACAAACUGGAGCAGGCCCAAAAUGAACUGAGUGCCUGGAAAUUUACACCUGAUAGCCAAACAGGGAAGAAACUGAUGGCCAAAUGUCGAAUGCUGAUUCAGGAAAACCAGGAGCUGGGGCGGCAGCUGUCGCAGGGACGCAUCGCCCAGCUGGAGGCCGAGCUGGCCCUGCAGAAGAAGUACAGCGAGGAGCUCAAGAGCAGUCAAGACGAGCUGAAUGAUUUCAUCAUCCAGCUGGACGAGGAGGUGGAGGGGAUGCAGAGCACCAUCCUCGUCCUGCAGCAACAGUUGAAAGAAUCCCGUCAGCUGAUGUCUCAGUCUCAGGGAGCGUCGGCCGGAGCGGAGCCCAGCAGGACUUCACCCGCUGCCUCCGCCGAGCCGUCCGUAACACAGGAGCCCAGUGCUACCUCUGAGCCCACAAGCAAAGACUACGGGAGGGUGUCCAAUGGCCCGACCAAUGGUAAGUCAUCUCAGAGGAGGGAGACCACCACCCCGCCCAACUUGUACCGGGAAGUCAGUAGCACUGAGGAAGAUUUCCCAAUGUCCCCCAUGGUGUCCAGCCCUGGUGACGCCGAGACCAAACUCUCCAACCACUCAGAGGAAGUCCCCGGCAGUCAGACUGCUUCCAGGAGAGCCGGAGGACCUUUGAGUGCGGGCUACGAGAGCGUGGACUCUCCAACAGGCAGCGAGACUUCAUUAACUCAGCACUCGAACGACACGGACUCGACCACCGAUCCCCACGAGGACAAGACCGCCUUGGUGACCAAAGGCGCUAGGACUGCAGGGUCAAGGAACACUCAGAACGGCCUGGAGUGCAACACGAACGCUGGUGCCGAUUUGUAAUGUACUUUAGCAAGUACUGUCUUUUUUUUUUUAAUUUUAUUUUAUUUUUUAUACAAUCUGCAAACAAGACAGAAGCUAAAUAGUAUGUGACACAGCACUGCUGUCCAGUUCACCCUUGUCCCACUGCGUAUCUUGAUGCCUUUUGUUACAGUUGUGUAGCUUAACAGGGAAAUGACAAACACUAAAUGUUCAAUUUGAAUUGCGUGGGAUUUAUGUUUCAAACUUAAGGUGUUUAUUUGGGCACAUCAUCUAUGCUGUGUGUUAAGCUCAUGGAAAUCUGGCAUCUGGUGUUGUAAACAUUACAAAAGGUGUUUGAAUGAUAGUUUCACCAAUACAAAGUCAUUUUUAUGUUGGCCUCUUUUUUUUUAAAUACAAUUUUUGUUUUAAAUUGGCAAAAGGUUAUGUUUGGUAGACUGCUAAAAUGUGAGUUCAUAUGUGUCAUUCAUAUUCUGACUUCAACCCUUUUAUGUACUGACCAAAUAACAAUAAAGAUUUCUAAUACUUUGAA